AUGGAGAAAGUUACAACCAUCAUGGAUUUUCAGCCGUCUCAGUUCAACUUCAUUUGGAAACUAGAGAUGAAAUUGAAAUUUGACCUGAGAGAGAAUGCAGAUGAGGGAUUGGACAUGGUUACGAGCGAUGGAAUCACCGAUAAAAGCCCACCAUUUGUUCCACAUUUUGUCAAGAAUGAGGUAUCUUCCUAUCCCGGAUGGAGGUAUCGUUUAGGUGUGAAAUGGGAUAGAUUUGAUACAAUAUAUUUUGUGACCUGUGGCUAUGGCCCAUGA